UCCCACUUCUUCUUCUUCCCCUGGGAAUUUAGGAUGCUCUCUCUUGCCGGCGGCGCUGUAUUUCUCAGGGCUUUGAACAGAUUUCCGGCCAUCAGUCGUGGGUUUUGUUCCUUAUCCAAUGAGUAUAUUGAGCUCAUCGAGACGUGUGGACGCGAUCGAGAAUUGAACUUCGGGAAGUUACUUCACGCUCGAUUGAUCAUCAAUGGACUAGCCCGUUUGACACAUUUUGCUGCGAAGUUCAUAGCCUUCUACGCCGCGUGUGGGAGAAUCAAGGAUGCACGGAUAUUGUUCGACAAAAUUCCCCAAACAAAUCCCCGCCGGUGGAUUGUUUUGAUUGGGGCAUAUUCUCGUUGUGGGUAUUACACAGAAGCUCUGAGUGUAUUUUGUGAGCUGCAGAGAGGAGGGUUGAGGCCUAGCGAGUACAUCAUUCCCAGUGUCUUGAAAGCAUGUGGUCAUCUCUCUGAUAACACUACAGGGAGAAAACUACAUACUUUAAUCCUCAAAUACUCGCUUGAAUCUGAUGCUUAUGUCUGCAGCGCAUUGAUAGAUAUGUAUGCAAAAAGUGGAGAGAUUGAGAAAGCUCGGCGAGUGUUUGAAUCAAUGGCUGGAAAAGAUUUGGUGGCAUUGAAUGCAAUGGUUUCAGGCUAUGCCCACCAUGGAUUGGCUGAGGAAGCUUUGAAUCUGGUGGAGGAGAUGCAAGUUUUGGGUGUAAAACCCAACUUGGUGACUUGGAAUACUUUGGUUACAGGUUUUUCUCAAAUGGGUGAGGAAGAGAUGGUUCAUGAGCUUUUCAAAGAGAUGGAAGCCAAUGGGAUACAACCAGAUGUAGUAUCUUGGACAUCUGUGAUAUCUGGGUUUGUACAGAAUUUCAGAAAUGAGGAAGCUUUCGGUACAUUUAGAAGGAUGUUGAAUGCUGGGUUCUGUCCAACUUCUUCUACAAUCAGUAGUCUUUUGCCUGCUUGUGCAUCGGUCGGAAACGGGCGACGUGGGAAGGAGAUCCAUGGACAUUCUAUGGUUCUUGGAGUUGAAAAGGACGUGUAUGUGAGGACUGCAUUGGUUGAUAUGUAUGCAAAAUGUGGAUAUUUUCAUGAAGCAAGGAUACUAUUUUGGAGGAUGUCUGAAAGGAAUUCAGCUACUUGGAACUCUAUGAUUUUUGGCUAUGCAAAUCAUGGAUGUUGCAAUGAAGCAAUAGAGCUUUUCCAUCAAAUGAAAGAUGAUGAUGAGAAGAAACUAGAUCAUUUAACAUUUACAGCAGUUCUCACCGCUUGUGGCCAUGCUGGGUUGGUUGAUUUGGGAAGGAGUUUGUUCCAAUUGAUGCAAAGUAAAUAUGGUAUUGUUCCUAGAGUUGAGCAUUAUGCCUGUAUGGUCGACGUGCUUGGUCGGGCGGGGAAGCUGGCUGAGGCUUAUGAUUUGAUCAAGACGAUGCCAGUUGAGCCGGAUUUAUAUGUAUGGGGAGCUUUAUUAGGUGCAUGUAGGAAGCAUGGAGAAAUAGAACUUGCUGAGGAAGCAGCUAAACAUCUAUCAGAAUUGGAACCUGGAAGUGUUGGGAACAGCUUACUAUUGUCAGAUCUGUAUGCUAAUGCAGGGAGUUGGGGACAUGUUGUGAAGCUGAAGAAGAUGAUGAAGAAGAGGAAGCUGAAGAAAUUUCCUGGGUGCAGUUGGAUAGGGACAGCUUAGCAAAAUCUUUCUUCAAAACAACAAAUACUUUUCUAAAAGUAUACAACUGGAAGAAAGGGUCUAUUAUGGCUGAAAGCUGCCAAAUUCUUCUCUCUUGAGAGCUUCCAAGAGUUCAUGGUUGUCAAAAUGCUUCAAAAAUGAUUCUCUCGACAGAAUUUCAGCAAAAUUAAGUCAAACAGAGAGAGAGAAAGAGAGAGGGAGAUAGCAAACAUGCUCCAUUCAAGAUCAAGAUGAAAUCUUCUCAAACUUCAUUUAUCAUUUCGAGUUUGGAUUAAGAACACAAUGAAAGUAAGGCCAAAUCAAACCCUACU